UUGUGCGCUCAGUGCUAUCUCAGCCCAGUCAUAGUGUGCAUCUCACCGAUUUUACAACUCGUGAUGUCACGACGUUGAUAGUACUGGCGAAUAAUUUCAAGAAGAACCAAUUAUGAAACUCGUCAAUCUAAGAUAUCUUCUAAAAGCCGUUUUGCUGUUGGCAAUGGCGAGCAGCGGAACGUGUUCAGGCCCCGUUUACAAGACGAACGCGGAAAUCGCUGCCAGCACCGGCGAGACGGCGGUGGACGGGCUCACGACGCAGACGGUCUACGGCUUCCUGGAUUUCACGACGACCAUCGCCAACACCGUCAUGGUCUUUUCACCCCAGAGCCAGAAAGUGGCUGAAAUAAACCCAACACCAGUUGUGAAAAUCCCCCAAACAACACCUCCUCCUGUGGUUUCUACUAAGGUUGAAGUCAAAACUAAUCCUAAUAGCCAAGCUGUUGAGAAGCCUAAGGCAAAACCUCAGCCACCAAAAGUGAAGGUGGAGGUAUCAAAACGAACUGACGAAAAAGUGGCUAAAAAUCAACAACCCAAAAGCCUGUCGGUCAAUGUUGUAAAAUCAGUAGGUACAGGAGAAGUGAAGACUGAUUUGAAAAAGAAAGUCACAGUUAGCUCGAAUAAAAACCAAGAGAGCAAAAAAGAGGAUGCCAAUUCUCUAUUUGCAAACCGUUUGGAUCAAUCGGAUGACCUGACAAAAUCACCAUCUGAAAAGCUGAGUGAAACAUAUAAGAUAAUUGAAGUCGGAUCUUCUGUUAAGUCGAGAAACGAGCCAACAGGAUUGGUGACAAAAUUGGGAGGCACCGUUGUCAAAGAUGGGCUUACGACAGUUCACGAGACCAGUGUCAUUGGGACUUACAUAUCCGGAAAAUAUGCCCAAGUGCUAAAGAGCAAUUCACGUGUCGUCCAUAAUCAAUUGCCAUCUAUCCAUAAAUCCAUUUCUCCUGUCAUUAAAACGAAGCAUCACAUAGAGCCGACAGUGCUAGAAGACAGCCUCCCCCUUGAAGCUCUUUUCACAACUGCCUCUGGUCAAACAUUGGUCCGGCACACAAGAAGGCCUGCGGUUUCUCCACCAUUCAAAAACAGACUGCAGAGAACUAAGUCCCAACAGCAAGAACAACCUCCAUCCACUGAACAACCAUCACGAUUAGAUAAAAAGAAAUCAAAACCAGCAUUUAAGUUAUCCCAUAACAGGUUUACAAGGACGAGUGCUAGUGAAGUUCCUACAGUAUCAGUAUUUCCUGAGACAAUUGCUACGACCAGGCGUUAUCAUAGACAACGUUCAGCUUCGUCCACAGUUAACAGCAACAACAUAGAAACUGGCUCGAGGCGUUAUAAGCCCAGACCUAGUUCUGUUAUUGCUGAAGCGUCAACAAGUCUGUACAAGUUUAAACUGGCUAGGCCGCAGGGAAGGUGGCACUACAAAACAACACCCAAACCUCGUGUUGCGAUCAGGAGACAAGAUGAAGAAAAUCCGACUAUCCAGUCGACACCGACACUUCCUGAGUUAGAACAAAGUGAGCAGCAAGUGGAGCUGAGUGAAAGUCAAAUUUCACCUUCUGCUACUCCAACUCCAUCACUCCCUAUUCAUACCAUCAAGGUUGAAAUAUCAACUCCAUCAAAUUUCAGCAAUGUCUAUUAUGAAAUCGCCACCAUCAAAUCACCUUACACAUUCCAGGUGGGAACUGUCAAAAAUACACGUUAUAUCACAUUGACGUCUACAUUUGAAAAAUUGCUCGUUCAGCCAAGUAGUUCUUCCAGUGAGCCGCUGACAGAAAACAUCUUGAUGAAAACUCCUGUUUACGAUAAAGAAGCUCCUGUUGUGACACUGCCUCCAAUAAAUAUCGCUGCUGGAGAGAUAGUACCGCUAGAAACGAUGACCGACACAUUUAGCACUAGUGAAAUUUUACUCAAAACUCAUCUUCUUCCAGUUGUCAGAGACAGUAAUACAACAACAAUAACUUUGGUGCAAACGUAUGAAGUAACCAAAGUUGUCAGCGCAACUAAAACACUACCACCAACAGAAUUAUUUCAAUUUAUCCCCAGUAAAACACUUAAUGAAUUUAAUACACGACUUGAUGAAGCUGGAUCUGAAUUACACUUAGAGUUAGACUUUGGAGAUAACGACAAUGAUGAGGAACAACAUUCGAUUGCAGUACUACCUGACUUUCCCAAUGCUACAAUUGAAGAAGUAACCUCGACUACUCCUCAACCGACCCAACCUCCUCAAGAACAAUUGACUCCAGAAAAAUUGCAACAGCUUGCAUUUUUAAGAUUGCUAAAUCCUAAUCAGCCUCCAAUAGUUACAUCAACACCAGUGCUCUCGGUUCAGACUGUUUUUGAAACACACGUUAUUCCAGUUUUUAACGGCCUCAGCACUGUGUUUAGCACAAUUUCAAGACCGGUGAAGACAGUAACAAAUACCCAGUAUAUGACAAGUACGGUACAACUGCCAAGUCUACCAUUGCCAUUUUUGCCGACACAACCACUCCUUCAACCCAUGAUCACAUCCAGCCCGGUUGUAACACAAACAAUUAUCACCCAAACCAAUUCUAAAGUGCUUCGAUUAACGUUUGGCGCUAAGACAGCGUAUACAACUUUAUAUUCAACCACUGUCCUGCCCACAUUGCUUACGACAUAUUUGACAACUCAAGUGCCGAUUCAACCGACUGUCGGUCCUUACCCUUCACCAUUUUUCCCUCCAUUCAAUCCUUUCUCAUUUGUCGGUUAGGUCCGAAUGUAAUGAUGGAUAAAGAAUUGUACGAAGAACAUGAGAUUGCUUAGGAGAAGUGAAACCUAAACUUGGAUAUAACUUUUCUGUCUUAAUUUACGCUUAAAAAUGAAUUUCACAUACUGGCUUGUACACAAAAUUCAUUGUAGCUAUUAAAAUACAAUUCAAUUUAUUGCUAACAAUUGUUUCAAAGAAAAGUGUUUAAAUUAUUUCCAGUAUAAAUAAUGCAUGUAAAAUAGGGAUAAAGUGUUUAUUUAAAUUAUUUAACUGGCAUAAUGAACAAAGAUUAUAAAAAUCCUCUUUUUUCAAUUCUUUUUCUUUUCCUUCUCCAAAACAGUAAUUUUGCUCCAAUGAUAUGUUGAUAUUAAUAAAAUAAUAUUAUUGCUUUGCGUUACUGUCAGUAGGAAUUUAUUUUCUGAAAUAUUUUUAUUCGUUUAAGAUGUUUUUAAACAAAAACGGAAUCAAAUAUCAUUUUAAAGUUUCUAUUUUGCCAUUAGAGCCUAAAUUAAUCUAUCGAUGUAUUUUUUCUUCAAAAAUACAAAAGAAUUUUUUAUGUUGUUUUUAUUUAUGUAUUUUAGGAUUAAGAUUUGUUUUAAAGAUUGUAUAAAAUCAAAUGUUACCAAUUUCCUUUUACACUGUGAACCUGGUUCACGUACUUUUUAAAUAUAUUAAUAUUU